AUGAAUUCACUUUACAAUCAUGCUUUAAAGCAAUCCAAUGCGCUACAGCGAGAUCUUGAUAAAUUCGCAUCCGGACAAGACACAUCGGCAGGAUUACAAGGUCAAAUAACAGCUGCCUUUAGCACGUUACAACGAUCCAUCGACGACUAUGACAACCUUGCUAAACGUGAGAUGGUAACGGUCAAAAAGGAGACCGCAUUAAACCGUGUAUCCAAGUUUCGAGAAGAUUUGCAAGGGAUGCGAACACGAUUUGAAGGUCUUAAAAAGCAAGCAGCAGCUCAGCAACUUGAACAAAACCGUGAUUCCCUAUUAGCGAGAAGAGGCCGACAUCAAACAACGACUGAAUCUUCUUCCGAAUAUCCUUAUCUCUCCCGAUCCGAAUUUGCCAUGCGAGAAUCCGCUUUUGUCGAUUCGACCGAUUCUCAGCUUGAUGAUUUCAUUACUCAAGCACAAAACCUUUUGGAGAAUUUGACAGAUCAACAUGGUGUAUUGAAGAAAACACAAAAGAGGCUAUUGGAUGCUGCCAACACAUUGGGAUUAUCAAAGAACGUUAUCCGAUAUAUUGAACGAAGGACAGCCCAAGAUAAAUGGAUCUUUAUUGUUGGUCUGAUCAUUACUAUUGCAUUCAUGUGGGCCAUAGCGCAUUACUUUGGUUAG